AUGACAACCCAUUUUACGGAUGCCUAUCAACGCGCUAAUGCCAAAUCUCGCAACUUGACUAAUAAUUCUGCUCUUGACAUCGCAGUUGCUGACAGUUCAAGCUGGAACGACCGGGGAAAUUCUCGUGCCGAUAGAUUGAUUCAAAGCUUUGAGCGUCGCGAAUCACCAAAAUCGAACGAACCUAGCCCGCUCCGUCUGAGCACUGGCCUUUUUCCCGCCUUUUCCGUUGCGUUCAUCGGUAACGAGAUUGUCAUUGAAAAGGCCGGCUCCCCGAUCGCCGAUGCUCUGGUGUCCAAUAAACCCUCGCCUCGGUCCUCAAACCAAUUUCAGGAGGAAAAAGCGAAGCUUGCGAGCAAAAGGCCUAAUUUUUCCGAGGCAGCCAACACUAUGACAUCAGCUAGCCGACUGAAACAGAGCAAGCCUCCUGGCAACACAGAUAAAGAAGUCUCUUACUCAGGCGUUUUGGGAGAGCGAUAUUUGAUACUUAGUCCUGGAGAGCAAUUGGCAGAAGAACCGCCCUUCGAUAUGGAGAAGAAGGCAGGACAGACAACACAGAGUUCAAAAGUCUUCUUCAAAUGCAUCUUCCGUCUAUGCAAGCAACCUGCCUGGUGUGAUUGGGUGAGCUGA